GCGUGAAGAAGAGCUAAAAGACAGCGAGCUAAAAGACAGCGAGCUGUUCGAAGUCUAGUUAAAAAAUUUUCUAUAAACGCACCCGUUUAUAAGCAGUAAUAAUGUCCGAAGACAGAGCUGAGCGGUCAGAUGGACGGAUAGUGAAAAUGGAGGUCGACUACAGUGCCACUGUAGAUCAGCGUCUGCCUGAAUGUGAGAAAAUGGCCAGAGAGGGCAGACUUCAGGAGGCCAUUGAGAGUCUGCUGUCACUAGAGAAGCAAACAAGAACCGCUUCAGAUAUGGUGUCCACCUCCAGGAUCUUGGUGGCUAUAGUUCAGAUGUGCUAUGAAGCCAAAGACUGGGAUGCCUUGAAUGAAAACAUCAUGCUGCUGUCUAAGAGAAGGAGCCAGUUGAAGCAGGCAGUUGCAAAGAUGGUGCAGGAAUGUUACACAUAUGUGGAUGCUCUGAGUGACCUGUCAGUCAAACUCCAACUCAUUGACACGCUACGCACCGUCACAGCUGGAAAGAUAUAUGUGGAGAUUGAGCGUGCCAGGCUGACUAAAACACUGGCCCAAAUCAAUGAAAAGAAUGGGGAUGUGAAAGAGGCUGCAUCCAUUCUGCAGGAACUUCAGGUGGAGACGUAUGGCUCAAUGGAGAAGAAGGAGAAGGUGGAGUUCAUUCUGGAGCAGAUGAGGCUGUGCAUUGCUGUGAAGGACUACAUCCGCACACAGAUCAUCAGCAAAAAGAUUAACACCAAGUUCUUCCAGGAGGAGGGCGCUGAGGAGUUAAAAUUGAAAUAUUACAACCUGAUGAUUCAAGUUGACCAGCAUGAGGGCUCUUACCUGUCCAUAUGCAAACAUUACCGGGCCAUUUAUGACACUCCAUGUAUCCUAGAGGACAGCGCUAAAUGGCAGCAGGCUCUAAAGAGUGUUGUACUCUAUGUGAUUUUGGCUCCUCAUGACAAUGAACAGUCUGAUCUAGUUCAUCGAAUCAGUGCUGACAAGAAACUGGAGGAAAUACCUAAAUACAGAGAUCUUCUGAAGCAAUUCACCACUAUGGAACUGAUGCGCUGGUCAUCUGUUGUGGAGGAUUAUGGAAAGGAGCUGAGGGAGGGCUCCAUGGGAACCCCUGAAACGGAUGUCUUCUCCUGCUCAGAAGAGGGAGAGAAGAGAUGGAAAGAUCUGAAAAACAGAGUGGUAGAACAUAACAUCAGAAUUAUGGCAAAGUAUUACACAAGGAUCACAAUGGAGAGAAUGGCAGGACUGCUUGAUCUCUCUGUUGACGAAUCUGAAGAGUUCUUAUCAAACCUGGUAGUCAAUAAGACCAUCUAUGCGAAAGUGGACCGUCUGGCUGGUAUCAUUAAUUUCCAGCGGCCUAAAGACCCUAAUGAUCUCCUUAAUGACUGGUCUCAUAAACUGAACUCUCUCAUGUCUCUGGUCAACAAAACUACUCAUCUCAUUGCCAAGGAAGAGAUGAUUCACAACUUUCAGUAAGGCAGUCAGGGAGACAGCAGUUAGGACAUUUAUAUUUGUAGUUUAGAUCUGGAUGUGAGAGACUUCACCUUUCUUUUCUUUUUUUUCCACCAUUAAACAAAACAAUAAAAAUGUAAUGAUUUAAAACCUGUUUCUGUAACUGAACCCAGACUCUGUAUUCAAAAGAAAUGUUUGCUGUGUAAAUUCUGUCCAUCACAAUGUUGUGUUCUGCACUUAAAAUGAGAACAAUCUUUUGGAUUAGUCCUGGGUUAGAUCCUAAUUUAACAGUUGUUUCCACAGCAGGUUCAGUCCUUUACGGCACAAGCAAUUGAGAUUUUCUAUUCAUUGUCUUGUUGGGGAUCUAUGGCUGAAAUAUUAUGUCCAGAAAAACUUCCCAACACCUGUUAUUACUAUUAAACGAGAUGGAAAACAA